AUGCAAUGGUAUGAGAUGGUUGGGGAUGAAACAACACAAGUUUUUUUAAAAAAAAAACAUUUCUCUCUCUUUCUUUCUUUUUCUUCCUCCUUUUUUUUCUUAAUUCUCUUUCCCUUCUCUGCCUCUCUCAUUUUUUCUCUAUUUCCUUUCCCAUAUUUUUUAUCUCUUCUUUUUCAUUGCAACCAUUUAAUUUGCUUUACUUCUUUUUCUCUUUUUUAUUCUUUUCCUUUCUUUCUCUCUCGCUCUCCUUCAUCAUUUCUUGCAGAAACUUUAAUUCUAUCAUCUUGCCUUUUUUCAAUCCACUUAUUCAUAUUUUCACCCUAUUCUAUAUCGUCUCUUAAUAUUUCUUCUUUUACUCACCCUUUUGUAUUCUUUUUGUUUCUUUUUUUUUAUUCAUUCUGUUCUCCUCCUCCUGCUACUUCUCCUACUCCUCCUCUCUCUUAUUUUCACUUCUUUAUACUUAUUUCCCCAAAUUGUGUGUGUAUGUGUGCGCAUGUCUCCCUCUCCCUAUCUUUUCCUUCCCUUCUUUUUCUUUCCUUUCUUCCUUCUUUCUUUCUCCUUACCUCAAAGCUCCUACACUUGCAUUCCCACCAGAUUUCCAAUUUUGAUUAUUUAAACCCCACCCAAAUUUCUUUAGUCAACUUUUCCAGCAAAAAGAAAAAAACAAACUUUCUAAGCCACCAUAUUUAUUAG